GUUGCGGAACUUGUUGGGGAGCGGGAGCGCGGCGGCGGGGAUAGCAGUGAGUGAGGGAGUGAGUGAGGGAGGAGGAGGAGGAGGAGGGGACGGGGCGCACGGAACCGCGGGCAGGGCAGUGACCGCCGCACGCUCGGCCCCGGAGACAUGCAGAACGUCAUUAACACUGUCAAAGGCACUGCACUCGGCGUGGCAGAGUUCCUCACACCCGUCCUUAAGGAGUCAAAAUUUAAAGAAACUGGAGUAAUUACCCCCGAAGAGUUUGUGGUGGCAGGAGAUCAUCUGGUCCAUCACUGUCCCACUUGGCAAUGGGGAACAGGCGAGGACACCAAAGUCAAACCCUACUUGCCCAAGGAAAAGCAAUUUCUGCUGACGAGAAAUGUUCCCUGCUAUAAGCGCUGCAAACAGAUGGAAUACUCCGAUGAAUUUGAGGCAGUCAUUGAAGAAGAUGAUGGGGAUGGCGGAUGGGUAGACACAUACCACAAUUCAGGUGUAGCUGACGCGACAGAAUCUGUAACAGAGAUCACUUUAGAAAGCAAGGACAACUCCAAGUGUAUAGGAAGCAGCGCUGCUUGUGCGGAUGAUAACGAUGAAGAUGAAGAUGAAGGGGAAGCGGCUGACAUGGAAGCCUAUGAAGAGAGUGGGAUGUUGGAAGAUGCAGAUGAUGCAACCCUGGAUACCAGUAAGAUUGUAGAGGUGACCAAGCCGAAAGCAGAUUCUGCUGGCGAAGAUGGAAUUCUUCAAACUAGAACAUAUGAUUUAUACAUAACAUACGACAAGUAUUACCAGACACCAAGACUUUGGUUAUUCGGCUAUGAUGAGCAACGACUCCCACUGACAGUUGAAGCAAUGUAUGAGGACAUUAGUCAGGACCAUGUCAAAAAGACAGUGACAAUUGAAAAUCAUCCCCACUUACCUCCACCUUCAAUGUGCUCUGUUCAUCCCUGCAGACACGCAGAGGUCAUGAAAAAAAUAAUUGAAACAGUUGCAGAAGGCGGAGGUGAACUUGGUGUACACAUGUACCUUCUUAUUUUUUUGAAGUUUGUUCAGGCAGUCAUUCCAACCAUUGAAUAUGAUUACACAAGGCACUUCACCAUGUAACUCUAAAGGUUCACCUAAUCAAAACAUUCUCCGAAUGUCUGCUGGGUUGGCAAAAUUGUGUAGCCUUUCAAUCUUAGCUAGCAGUUUAGUCAACCUCAUUCUGACCAUUUGCUUGUUCAAAUUCAGUUCCCUUUUUACAGAAGUUCCGUAAUGCAGUUCUGUAAUGAGAUUGCUGAGAAGUGGUGUGUAUAAAGACAUUUUUGUUCCAUGAAACCUACAUUCUGUGCUUCCCGUUCUACUCUUGAGUGAACUACUUAAAUCAAAUACACACUCUGUAAUUCAUGUUUCCAUUGCAUUUUGAAAAUAGAAUGUUUAUCUCAAUUAAACUUGUUUAUAUUUACAGAAUACAAAUAAAAAAUAUGACAACGUU